AUGGGAGGAAGCCAAGCAGCUCGAGAACCAACCUCGUCAACUGGCCCAUUGAGCCCAGGACACUCACGAAUCUCAAAACUCAACGGCGGUAGCUGGGCAUAUACGGCUCUCAGAAUGUCGCUGUUUGGAACCUCCCCAGACGAGUCUGGAGCGGCGUCGACUCUAGCAAAAUCCCGGCAGACGCUCUUCGACGACCCCAGUCCUGCCAAUGGCUCGCAGUCCUCGCUGUUCGCAGACGAUGAUAGCACACCUGGCGGGUCUCCAUGGGGAAUGCCAACGCCAAAGAAAGCUUCCAAGGGCGAGGUGAUCAGCACGCUGCUGUCGGGGGGUGAUGCCCCGGAUAGCUAUGUUGACGUCUUCGAGGCCGUGCAGUCUACGGAGUUUGGGCAGAGCGGCACCGUGGAUGUGGCGGGGAUGACGAGAGUCAUGAAUGCCGCAAAGCUGGGGGCUGAUCAACAGACGAGAGUUAUGAAUACCAUUGCUCCAGCGGGCAGCACGCUGCGGCGAAGCGAGUUCAACGUCUUCCUAGCACUGGUUGGCUUGGCGCAGGAAGGGGACGACGUUACACUCGAUGGCGUUGAUGAGAGGCGCAAGAAACUUCCGCAACCCGAUUUGCACAAUCUCUCCACAGCACCUGAAGGUCUACCUGACACUUCCGAGCUAGCGUCUAAGCCGCCUCAGCGCCCUGCCACUCCUCCUACCAAAUACAUUCCUACUCCGAAAUCACGGGAGACAAGACCGCGAAGAGAAUCUCUCAUUGAGGACGAUCCAUGGGGAAGUCCUGCGCUACACAAGGGGCACAAUCAUGGGGUUCCUCAGCCCGCACCUGCUCCCCGCAAUGUCGAGAGCACUGCGACACGAACAAACGGAUCAUUCGAACCAUCUGAGAGAACUACUAGCAAUUUUACAACGGAAUCUGUUAUUGAAUCCACCAAUGGAAGCAGGGAGUCAGCACGAGAAUCACGCCCAACCCCAAAUAGUCUUUGGUAUUCAUACGACGGCAAUUCGCCUAAUUCAUACAGCAGUGGCCUGCCUACUGGUUUAGAACGAAAUGCCUUCGCCGGCGGCUUGGGGGAUGAUCCUCACCGACCACCGGUUAGCCAAAACCGGGCAAUUGGUAGCGGUGGUCUUACUGGGAAUGGGGUCGAGGAGAAUAUCCUGGUCACGCUUCUGCCUGAGAAAGAAGGGGUAUUCAUGUUCCAGCAUCAUAACUACCAGGUCCACAGCACACGGAGAGGCAGCAAAGUUGUCCGUCGAUACAGCGAUUUCGUGUGGCUGCUUGACUGCCUACACAAGCGGUAUCCGUUCAGACGGUUGCCAUUAUUACCACCCAAGAGGGUUGGUGUUAACGGGAGUUAUUUAGCAGCAGAUAGUGCGUUCAUCGAAAAGCGAAGACGGGGGUUGGUGCGGUUUGUGAAUGCUCUUGUCCGACAUCCCGUACUUAAUCAGGAGCAGCUGGUCGUUAUGUUCCUGACGGUGCCAACUGAGCUCGCGGUUUGGCGGAAGCAGGCCACUAUUUCGGUCCAAGAAGAGUUCACAGGCAAAGCGUUACUUCCCGGGCUUGAAGAUUCCCUGCCACCUACCUUGAACGAACUCUUCGAAACUACAAGGUCUGGGGUACGCAAGUCUGCAGAGGUCUACAUCAAUCUCUGCACUCUUAUGGAUCGCCUUGCGAAACGCAACGAGGGACUUGCCGCUGAUCACGGGCGACUUUCGACUUCUCUCAUGUCUUUGACCGACGCGUCUCAUGCAACAUAUGCCAUAGACACAAACGACGUCCCGCUUCUCAAUGAAGGACUCCUGACGACCGCGAAGCACGUCACAGAUAGCCAAUCCCUGCUCCAGGACGAGGCGCGGGCCUGGGAUGAGGGCGUGCUGGAGGAUCUCAAGAAGCAGAGAGAUGCGCUUGUUACCAUGCGGGAGAUGUUCGAUCGUCGCGAACGCUACGACAAGGACAACAUCCCGCAGUUAGAGAAGCGGAUCAAGAGCAAUGAAGAUAAGCUAGCGAACCUACGAUCAAGACCAGAAGGCGUGAAGCCGGGAGACGUGGAGAGGGCUACGGAAAGUAUCCUCAAGGACAAGGAGUCGAUUGUUGCGCAGCAUGCGCGCGGCGUAUUCGUCAAGGAGUGCCUGCGUGACGAAUUGACGUACUUCCAGGACUCGCAGUACCAGGUCAGCCGGUGGAACCAGGACUGGGCGCAGGAGCGGGUGAAAUACUCGGAGCUGCAGGCGGAUAACUGGAGGCAGCUCAAUGACCAGUUGGAGAGCAUGCCGAUAGGUGGGUGA